AUGGACGGCGAAUACUGCGAGAACAUCCACAGCCCCCUCUUCGAUUGGGGCAGUAACAUUCACGGCCUCGGAGCAGUGGAACCCCAUGACGAGACCACCGCAUCCUACGGGGGGACGGGCAGCACACUAUACGCCGACCACGUACAUCCCACAUGUGCCGGCCACGACACCAACUCCCUCAUCAACAGCGCCUACCACGAAGACGUGGCAGCCCAGCCCCCCUUCUGGAGGAGCAACACGUCCCCAGCACCUCCGUUCCCUCUCCCCGUCGACAUGAGCAUGUGGCUACCCUCCGACUGGUGGGACGCCGACAGCAAUGCAGCCAUCCCAAGUCCUGCGAACCCUCUACCUUCCCAGCAACACCUCCUGCUCCCCUGGGCCGGCACGACAACACCAUCGACACCAUCGUCAUCCCCCUGCUCGCCCGUGGACGCGCAGCCGACACGACAGCAGCUGCCGCCUUUCCCCGGGCCGACGUCCUCCCCGACUCCGCGGAGCGUCGACGCCGAGCGGGCCCGGAGAGACGAGUUCCUCAUGCGCUGCCGUGCGGGGGGGAUGAAGUACCGUGAUGUCAAGAGGUUGGGAAACCUCCCCGAGGCGGAGUCGACGCUCCGUGGACGGUACAGACUUCUCUUGUCGACCAAGAAGAAGGGGAGAUCCAAGUGGACACGGCAGGACGAAGAGCUCCUCACUGAGGCGGUGGGCCGGUCUAUCAAGAUGCGCAAGAAUGGUCUGGCUAGAAUCUCGUGGGCCGAUGUCGUCAAGGAUAUUGGCGAGAGGGGAAUCUCCUAUCCGUUUGGGGUCAUGGCUUGCCGAAAGAAGUGGGAGCAGUUGACGAGGAAUGAUUAG